AGAAACGUCACUUCACCAUCAUCUCCGGUGGCCGAAGGUGAUACCACAGUGGAUGUGAAGCAUGAAAAUUCACGGUGUCCCGAAGAGUGUGUAAAAUUCGCAUUUUUAAAGUGUAGAAGUAAAUAAUUGCAGUGAAGCAAUUAUCCCGUUCAACCAGCCGAAGCACGCGUUGCGCUGUAAAUACGGGUUCAUUGCAUUUCCACCGUUAUAAGGUGUAAAUUCUUCCAUCCGAGAAGUUGUUGGAUGCACGCACGUGCUCACGCGUCAACAACAGCUCCUUGUUCUGUACAACAGCAGCACAUCAUCAUACCGCGGAUCCAAGCGAAAGAUGGUAGUGAAGGAAGAUACAAUAGCCACGAACGGGACCACAUCAAACCACAAGAUGAGCAGUAACGAUUCUAACGACAAAUCGGCCAUCAUAGCACAGGAAAUCAAGUUCGCCCGGGCUCUUGCCGGAAACGAUCCUACGCUGCGCCGCAGGGUGCUGAAAAAUCUGAAGACAUGGCUUUCGACACGCAGUCAGAGCACAUUCGUUUUCAGUGAUGUUGACUUUUUGCGGCUUUGGAAGGGCUUGUUCUACUGCAUGUGGAUGUCGGACAAACCGUUGGUGCAGGAAGAGCUGGCAGAAUCGCUUGGUUCGCUGGUGCGCUGCUUCGAUCACGAUGUUCCGGUAGCGAUGCAAUUCUACAAGGCUUUCCUCAUCACGAUGGGCAACGAGUGGUUCGGAAUCGAUCGCUGGCGGAUGGAUAAGUUCAUGAUGCUUGUUCGUCGGGUAACGCGUCAGGCAAUGUUUACGCUGCACGAAAGCAACUGGCAGAAGGAGCAUGUGGCACUGUUUAAUCAGACCAUCGACGAGACCAUCUUGAAUCGUGACGUUACGUCGUUCGGUUUGAUGAACCACUUCAACGAUCUGUUUCUGAACGAGCUGGCCAAAGUGACGGAUGGGAACAUCUCGAAAGAGACAGUGAAACAGUUAAUGGAACUGUUCGUAAAGGCGGUUCUACAAACGGAUGAUGGUACAAUCAGUGCUUCGAUCAAGAAAAACAUUUUCCACGCACUCAUGCAACAGUCUGACCUGGGACAGGAGUAUGAGGAAAAGUUUGAGAUGUGGAAGAGCACAAAUUUCGUUACGGGCAAUAUCGACAACGUCGAAUUUAUGGUGGACGAUGGAACGGAAGGUGCAGAGGGCACGGAAAACGAACAGCAAACCGAAGGAACUGGAGAAGAAGAAGGGGAGGAGGCGGAGGUCACGAACGGUACUGCUGACGAGGGUACGGAAAAGGUGUUCGAUCCUCGGGCCGGGCGGGUAAACGUCGACAUACCACAGAUUGAGUUUGAUCCGCGCGACAUUAUCGAGCUGAUCGAAACGCAUCGCUACAAAUCGUACGUCAAAUCCAAGGGCAAGAAGCGAGCGAUCCAGCUGGUGAAACAGUUUACAAAGUUUGCCGACGGUGUGUACCCGAUCGGUGUGAAGCGCAUGCCAAGCAUCGACCCGAAGGAUUACGCAGUGGACAUCGACGAGCAGGUGGAGGAGUUGGAAAACUUUCGCUCGAAGCUGAUCGGUGAGAAGCGAAAAACUCUAAAGGAACUCAGGAAGGAGCGUAAGAUGCAGCUGAAACUGGAGCGCUUACAAAAGGAAGCCAAGUCGAAGGGCACGAACGGUGAAGGUAACGAGAUGGUGGAUGGUGCCGAUAGCACAACAGAAGCGGCAACUGACUCGAACCCGGACACAGACUCAACAACCGACGCUUCAGAACAGACGAAAACGAAACGGAAAAGGCAACGCAAGCUGGCUCCGGAAAAGGCACGUAAACAGGCCAAACUUGCCCUGCUGGAGCGCAAGAGGACGGAAAAAAUGAACGCGCUUAAGGAGCGUUUGAAGAAUAAAAAGAAAAGCUCUGCACAGAUAGACGAAACGGAGGCUGUGCCAGAACUUGUACCGAUUGCAGAAAGUAGUAGCAGCAGCAGCAGCAGUGCCGAUGGAGCCACCCCUCCAUCGACGGUUCCCGCUAAAGAGAAGAAAACGAAACCGGCAGCAGCAGCAGCACCAGGUGGUAGCAACACAGAAAAGUUAUCCAAAAAGACACCAGAAAAGCCUACACCCAGCAAGAAGAAGCAGGGCAGUGGUGAAACAUCUACCCCGAACGGCAAACCAUUCAAAACGGCCGACGAAUGGUCGGAACCGUUGCAGGAAGGCGAAGAAGAAUAUUUCAUUCCCUCGCGCAAGAUGAAACUGCUCGCCACGAAACAGGACACGCCAGCACCGGCCGUACCCAAACCGAGCCUCAAGCGACAGACGCCACCGAAGGGUGGGGUUGACGUUGCCGAGAACGACGAUGAACCGUUCACGCCGGCAAGAAAGCGGGUUAAGAUUGCACUCAGCAAGAACGUCGCCCAGGAUCUGGUGGAGCACAUCAAGCAGGUGAAACGGUCGCCCCAGGUGCCGUUCGAUUCUAGCAAAAAGCCCGUCAAGAGUCUGCUAAAGCCGAACCUCAUACCCAGCCCCAUCAAUCCGUUCUACAAAAAGAAGAUUGGUUUGCAGUAGAAAUGUGCCACCACGAUAUUGCCCACAGCUAAUCGUCGGGUAGAGCCAAACCACACGCGCACGCACGCUACCCGCUCAUGCCAAGGACAUGGCCCAUAGCGGGGCCGUGCAUUGCGCGUUUUAAUUGCAUCCAGUGCAGUGUAACGAAAUGUAACAACCGUAAACAGCUGUCCGAAUAAAGAAUCCAACAUGAUUUAAA